GAGGCUGAAGUGAGAGGGUUGCAAGUUCGAGCCCAGACGGCGCAACUCAGCAUGACCUUGUUUCCAAAAAAUUAAAAGGGCUGAAGCUGCAGCUCAGUGGUCGAGUAUUUGUAUACAAUAUGUGAGGACCUAGGUUCAAUACCAAUUAUUGAAAAAAAAAUCAGUCCAGACUGAAGGCAAAGCAGCUCCGCUAAAGGACCUUGUUCCAACAAGCUAUUGUCCCUGGGCUUCUCUGACGGGACAAUAAUCUCUGCAAAUCCAACAAUCAGCAAAACAGGGCAAGGCAAUUUCAGGAGCGCUUGGUCCUCCAAGAGAAUCUUAUGUACAGGCCCUUCACGGUAACAAGACAGGCCGGACCAGGGAAACAGGGGACCAUGGAUAUUGAAGCGUACUUUGAAAGAAUUGGUUAUAAGAACUCUAAGAAGAAAUUGGACCUGGAAACAUUAACUGACAUUCUUCAGCACCAGAUUCGAACCAUUCCCUUUGAAAACCUUAGCAUGCAUUGUGGAGAAUCCAUGGAGCUAGACUUAAAGGCUGUUUUUGAUCAAGUUGUGAGAAGGAACCGGGGUGGCUGGUGCCUCCAGGUCAAUCAUAUUCUAUACUGGGCUCUGACCACAAUGGGGUUUCAGACCACAAUGUUGGGCGGAUAUGUCUACAACACCCCAGCCAAUAAAUAUAGCAGUGGUAUGAUUCACCUUGUAGUACAGGUGACCAUCAGUGGCAGAAACUACAUUGUUGAUGCUGGCUUUGGACGCUCCUAUCAGAUAUGGGAGCCUCUAGAAUUAAUUUCUGGGAUGGACCAACCUCAAGUGCCUGCCAUUUUCCGCUUGACAGAAGAAAAUGGAAUCUGGUACUUGGACCAAAUCAGAAGAGAACAGUACAUUCCACACCAAGAAUUUCUUCAUUCUGAUCUUCUAGAAAUGGGAAAAUACCGGAAAAUCUAUUCUUUUACUCUGGAACCUCGAACAAUUGAAGAUUUUGAAUCGAUAAAUACUUACCUUCAGACAUCACCAGCAUCUGUGUUUACAAGCAAAUCCUUUUGUUCCUUGCAGACACCUGAAGGGGUUCAUUGCUUAGUGGGCUGGACCCUCACCUCUAGGAGAUUCAGUUAUAAGGACAAUGUAGAUCUGGUAGAGUUUAAGACACUGAAAGAAGAAGAAAUAGAUGAAGUAUUGAAAACUGUGUUUGGUGUUUCGUUAGAGAGAAAACUUGUGCCCAAACAUGGUGAUCGAUUUUUUACUAUUUAGGGUAAGCAGCAGCAGUGAUCUUCCAUGCACUAUAUAUAAUCAAACUUUUGUCAUAAAAAUUUCAAACAUGAAAUGUGUGAUUGAUGGAAAAAUAGGCCCUGGUAUGUUGAAUAUCAAGAUCACCAAUGAUGAAUGGAUGAUUUGUUGUUUCCUCCCCACCCUUUGGACAUGGUACAAUUUAUCCAUUAAAUGUCAACAUGCAUAAAGGAAUGAUGUUGGAGACCAGGCUGUGUAAGGGUUAAGCUUCUGAACACAGUGCUCUCUGAAUAUAUUGGAAAGCUCCUACUGAGAGAGCUCUGAAGUCAAGAUAAUACCACAGCUGAUACAGCCAAGCACUGGACUCAUGACAGUCCCUAUAGAAGAGCAAUAAAAUUGUCAACCUUA